AUGGACGACGGCCAAGGCGCGGCGCGCGGCGCACGGAUCGUCGUGCACGCGCUCCCGAUGCUGAUUAUGGCAGAGCACCUGGUGCGCACAUCGCUCGAAAACGACGGACAGACGUACGGUGCCUUGCUCGGCACAUCGUCGCCGUCGCAGAUCGAGGUGCACAAUGCGUUCGAGGUCGCGUCCGCGGACGGCACGUUGGAUACGCAGUUCCUUGCCAAGCGGCAGGACCAGUAUGAGCAAGUCUUUCCGCAGUGGGAGGUGCUCGGGUGGUACUCGGUCGGCACGACGCUCCCACAGCAGCACGCCGCAAUCCAGCAGCAGGUCGAGGUGCUGACGCCCGCGCCGAUCGUACUCGUGCUGGACCCGUCGCAGGCGGCGUGUGCGAAGGCCAACGAGCAAGGCACGCUGCCCUUUACCGCCUACGAGCCCCAAGGCACGGACCUCGUCCCGUGCACCCUCGCGCUCGGCACCGCCCCUGUCGAGCGCGUGGUGCUGAACGAUGCAAAUAGCCGCGCGCUCAACACGAGCGACGACGCGGCCGCGCCGGGCGCGGAUCACGCAGUCCUUGCAUCACUGCAGGCAGAGCGCGCCGCUACACAGAUCCUACGGGACCGCCUACGGGAAGCGUGCGCAUACGUCGAAGGCGUGCAGCGCGGGACAUACCCCCACGACGACCGCAUCCUGCGCACGCUCGCAGCCGCCGUCGCGAACCAGGGCAGCGCGGUGCCCCCUGCAUUCACCCGGCUCGAAUCCCGCAUCCACGAAGACGCCGCGCUCACGACGUACCUCGCGGACCUCACUACGAACCUGCACCACCUCCACGAGCUCGUCGAGGCGAGCGCGUUCCACGCGCCGCGCGCGCGGGGUGUGUAG